AAACAUCUUCCUCUUGUCUUGAGCAAGAUUCUGAUCCGGCCGAAGCCCAAUUACAUUAAGAUCCAUAACAAGCCCAAAAAGCUAUGGGCUAUACUAAGCAAAAGCUAAACGGGCCCACAGCCCAAUAACCAAAUCCGACGACUAAGGUCUACGCGAUAAAGAUAGAGGACACGUGGUCACAUCUGAUCCGUCCAGACGCUACCGUCUUAUCUUGACCGUCUCCACCUCAAAUCGUCGCCUGAGCACCACCACCACACGGUUCGUUUCGUCAUCGAUCUAUACCUAAAAGCCUCCGACCGAAACCAUCUCUCUUUUUUUCUCCACACUGUCUUUCCGUCGGAGAGAUCCAUCGCUCCCGCGAGAUCAAAUCUGACUAUGAAGCUUUUCAAAUCCUAGACAUGCGCACCGAGAACACCACUUCUAUCCUUCUCUCAAUCAUAACUGCCAUGAACGGAGAGCUACCUCACACGACCGAGAUCUCAACCGCUAUGACCAAAACAGAUACCAAGACGAUAAGAUCCACGUCUCUCCUUUAAACAUCUCGAACCAGAAAAAAACCCAAAAGUAACCCGAGUUCAAAACCGGCAGAUUGGAGCUUUGCGAGCCUCCACUCUCCGGAACCAAAGCCGACGAAGGCGGAGCAGAAGAAAUCUCCCCUUCCCGAAAGUUGAAACCGGCGGCGGUGAAUCUGAGGAAGCCUCCACCUCCCGGAGAAAACCCGACGGCGACGGAACUAAGGUAGCUUCCAUCCCUCGGGAACAAACACAACCUGUGCAUGCGAGCGGCUCCCUCUCCACCUUUGACCUCCAAGCAACCGCGUCGUUGCUCCAAAAGCUGAGCCACCGACAGAGGAGACGGCGGAAUCAGAGCUCGGACAAGGCGGAUAAUGACAUGACGGCUUGGAGGGAGCAAAGGGAAACUUUUACGACGGACAAGAAGGGGGUCCGACGGAGGCACGGACGCUCACGCGCCGGCCAAACCGCCGAUCCCCUGUCUCUCUCACUUUUUUUCUCUCUCUUUUUGCUAUUAAUAUCAAUGGCAUUACACGAAGUAUACUCGGGACAAAUUAGUGCUUACAAAGCUGCUUGUGAAGAACACCCAGAGCUCAAAGCCUUUGAUUCUUCGCUCCAAGAGAAGACCAAAAAAGUGUUGAACUCGAUCAUCGCUCAAGCCAAGACUGGAUCUUAUUCCAUAAUCACAUCAUACGCGGAGGUCUACGGGUAUCUACUUGAAGCAAUCCUAGAUGUGGCAAAGUUCAUUAUUCGUAUUGAAGGCGGUGUGUGGGAGAACGAAGAUCUAAGGUCUUUGGUGAAGGCCUAUUUUGAGGAUACCUUAAAAACUUUAGAGUUUUUCAAAACUGUAGAUAACUUGGUCGACAAAGCAUCAAUUGGCGACGGUUACAUUCAACGCGCAGUGGAACUCUUUGACAAAGAGUCGGAAGAUGGCGGAAAUAAUAAGAAGAGGUAUGAAAAAACAUUGGAGGAGCUGAAGAAGUUUGAAGACAUGAAAGAAGAUUUUGAUGGCGACAAGUUAAAGGCUCAGUUCGACUUGGUCAAAAAGGAGCAAGAAUCCCUUCUGGAGAAAGUGAGUAAGCUGAAAACAAAGAUUGAUGAGGCAUAUGCUGAGUCAAUGAUGCUUACUCUGGUUACGAGUGUAUUUCUCCCAUGUGUGUUUAUCGGUGUUGCUCUCAUAGAGGUGGCUAUAAAUGCGCACAACGGCGAAGCUCUAGUGAUAGGUGCAAGUUUAUUGUUACCAUUCGUCAUCCUUGGUUACUUGCCGAAACUGGAAGACAUUCUGAAGAAACAGGAAGAAAUAGCAAAACAGGUGGAGAAAGGUUUGGAAGUCAAUAAAGAUGCGAUGGCGACCAUAAUGAGCUUAGUCGAGAACCUAUUAGAAAAGAUCUCGUCGAUGUUGGAGAUCGCGGAUUUUGCUGGGGAGGAUAGCGAGAUAGACACCAAACUUGCCUUGCAACUAAUCAAUAAGAAAAUGAGUGGAUUUACUGACGAAAUCAACGAGGUUGGCGAAAAUGUGGCUAAGCUUAAAGAAUUGGUCACUGGGGCGAUUAUUAAGGUUCUGGAAAAGAUCAAAGGGUAGCGGUAAACUAUAAAAAUGCGUUUUGAACGUUAUUCAUGUUUCUUGUUCAAGAAUCAAGAUCCAUACUCAUGUGUAAUUGUAACCACUUAUUGAUCUCUUUUCUUUGACAGCAUCCAAUUCAUCUUUA